AUGGGAUCGCACGAUUCUGCUUUGGAGGCACGACAGGAGAGCGCUGUGUGCAACCGUGGCGCAAAAUUCUACGCAGGAUCCCGAAAACGUCAGGGCCAGCGCAGCGUUAGUGGCUCUGAUCAGCGUCAAGUUGAAUCAACACAUCGCUCUGCUUCCCCGGGCCACGCGGGGCUGAUCGUCGCUCGAUUUAUACCCGCAAGUGGCAGUCGCCAUCAUCACUCCUGUCAUCUGAAAGUUAACCGGAAGUACGCUCCACGCCCGUCCAGCCUGGAAUCGGGCUACUGGUAUCUGCUCCGUGUCAUGGCAGCAAAACCUCCCCCAACAGGAUUUCAGCCUGCGAGUUACCAGCGAAAUGGGGGCCCGCUCUCCGGAUACAGGAACCUUACCGUGGAACAUAGAUCAAUUCCCCUCCAAAGUCACCGGGACAAGCUGCCUUUAGGCUGUACUAGCAGUUAUCUUUGCUACUUCGAUCAAUACCCGAAAGUGCCUGGGAAGAAAUGCGGUGGGCCGAAGCCCGAUGUGCAGGGAGGCAUCACCGCCUCCAUGGCUGGCGGCUCAUGGUUGGGUGCCGUUGUUUCUGGAUUUAUCUCCGAUCUGGUUGGUCGCAAGAUGUCUAUCAUGGUUGGCGCUUGCAUCUGGGUUAUCGGCUCCAUCGUCAUUUGCGCAUCCCAAAACAUUACCAUGUUGAUCGUUGGGCGCGUUAUCAACGGAUUCAGCGUUGGUAUCUGCUCAGCGCAGGUCCCCGUCUAUAUCUCUGAGAUUGCACCACCGUCCAAGCGCGGCCGGCUUGUCGGCAGCCAGCAAUGGGCCAUCACCUGGGGUAUCAUGAUCAUGUUCUACUUUAUCAAAGGACCCGCUGCUUUUCGUGUUCCCUGGGGCCUCCAGAUGCUCCCCGCCUUCCUAUUAAUCAUCCUAUUGUUUCCACUACCAGAGUCUCCCCGCUGGCUGGCUCGCAAAGAACGAUGGGACGCUUGCCGGGCGGUCCUCGUCAGAGUGCACGGCAAAGGUGACCCUAAUUCGCCGUUUGUUGCGCGCGAAUACCAGGAAAUUCGAGAAAUGUGUGAAUUCGAACGCCAGAAUGCUGAUGUCACUUACCUGGAGCUCUUGAAACCAAACAUGAUUAACCGCACUCAUGUUGGCGUUUUCACUCAAAUUUGGAGUCAGAUGACAGGCAUGAAUGUCAUGAUGUAUUACAUUACUUAUGUUUUUGCCAUGGCUGGACUCAAGGGCAAUACCCUGUUGGUCUCGAGCAGCAUUCAGUACGUCAUCAACGUCGUAAUGACCGUUCCUGCACUGCUCUUUGUGGAUCGUUGGGGCCGCCGCAUACCUUUGUUGGUUGGCGCGGCUUGCAUGGCGACAUUCCUCUUCCUCAAUGCCGGAAUGCUCGCUAGCUAUGGAGCGCCUGCUCCUCCUGGCGGUGUAGAUGGAGUCGAAGCCGUCUCCUGGCAAAUCUUUGGGCCUCCCAGCAAAGUUAUCAUCGCUGGCUCCUACCUCUUUGUCGCCUCUUUUGCACCCACUUGGGGCCCUGUGUCAUGGAUUUACCCGCCUGAGCUUUUCCCAUUGCGCGUUCGCGGCAAGGCCGUCGCCCUCUGCACUUCUGCGAACUGGGCGUUCAACUUUGCUCUCGGCUACUUUGUGCCCCCCGCUUUCGUCAACAUCCAAUGGCGAACCUAUAUUCUUUUUGGCGUCUUUUGCGUUGCCAUGUUCAUUCACGUUUUCUUCAUGUUCCCCGAAACGGCGGGUAAAACCCUGGAGGAAGUCGAGGACAUCUUCACCAAAGGAAAAUGGAAGUACCUCGGCACUCCAGCCUGGCAGACAAAGGUUUCCUACGGGAAGGCUGCUCUCUUGGAGCAGACUGGCGUCAAGGAAGACGAAAAAUUGCAACGUAAUCCGUUGGACGCUGCAGAGACCGCGCAGGCCUUUCCUAAGGAGGAAUAA